AUGAUUUUGUUAAAGGCCUUUUCGGGACGAGAAAGAAUUAAGUUAGGAAGCCUCCUUCUCAUCACUAGCAUCGACACUCCCGAGAGCUCCGAUUGGAGUGCUUUUCAGUCGUUUUACAUUGGAGGAAGAGCAAACCCAUCUUCAGUUCUUGUCGAAUUCGAUGCUUACCUUCAAUCGAGUUGCGGGUUUGAUGGAGCGAGAAUGGGACGCCGUGUGGGAGAAGUUCUUGCCUUCGGAUUACCAAAAGAUUUUGAUGGCGGCGGUUCAGCCAAGUGUGGUUCGAAGAAGGAGAUGCAUCUUCGUCUCUGCAAUCAUCCGGUCAUCAUCGAUGGUGGCAACAAGUUGGAUGCUUACUAA